AUGGUGUACACUUCGUUGACCGAGGCUCCUCACAACCUCAAGGAGGGCAUCGAUUGGUUGGUGGCCCUGAAGGGAACCGAUGCGGAAGCCAACGUGAAGGGUCUGGGAGCCGCAGUUUACAAAUUUCUAGCAAACAAGCCUGUUGGCUUUACGGAGGUGCCAGCUCUCGAGGAAGUGAAACUUAUUUCCAAGGAGUUCCUGGAGCAACCGGAGCUUAAGGACAUGUGGUACGUAAAAGACAUGCUGGGGAAGUUCAAUGAACCUAUGGAUAAAGACAACACAUUAUAUAGGUGGUUUGGAGCUCUAGCCGAAAGCGAUUAUGAGAACAUCAUAAAGGUCCGGGGUCUCACUGCUGACGCCAUGGUGAAAAACGUCAGUGAUGUUGUGGAUGGUUGUGAAAAGUUCCUUGAAAAUAUCAAAGCCCCUGACCAAUACAAGUCUGCUUACAGUUCGGACGCAACGUGGGACGCAUCAUGCGCGGAAGACCCGAAGGCUUGCGCAGUGGUCCUCGUGGGUAUUGCACCAAUGCUAUUCACGGGCCUACGUUCUUUGAUUGAUGUGACCGGAGUUGCAAAUAGGACAACUCCCGCAUUUAGGGGGGAGAAGAAUUUGGGGAAGUUAUUGAAAGCCGUGGGUUACAAAGAACCUGAGUGCCGCGCUGGCAUGGGCAAUUCAGAUAUACGCGGUGCGUUCAAUGGUGUGGAUCGAUAUAUAUUGGACAAAAUCUACGACCUCUCAGGAUUCUGGGCUUUCUAUGGAUUGAACAAUUCAGAAUCUGUAGACGCCGUAGAGCCCGUGAAACCCGUGACAACGGCAGACGCUGUAGAAGCUCUCAAGUACCACACUAGCAAAAAUGGGCCCCAUAUGAUAGCGGGGGAUAACAGUGGCGUAAACAUGGGUCUGUUACAUGCCUGGAAUGCCAAGAAAUCGAAUAAGCCACCAAAAACUGGUAACGCCCUCAGAUCGAACAUGUAUUAUCCCUGGUUGCCUACAGUGUCGGAUUUGGGCAAUGUUAUCCCAAUUUAA